AUGACAGUGCCUGGCCUCCAUGAGAGUGUGGUGACAGUGCCUGGCCUCCAUGAGAGUGUGAUGACAGUGCCUGGCCUCCAUGAGAGUGUGGUGACAGUGCCUGGCCUCCAUGAGAGUGUGGUGACAGUGCCUGGCCUCCAUGAGAGUGUGGUGACAGUGCUUGGCCUCCAUGAGAGUGUGGUGACAGUGCUUGGCCUCCAUGAGAGUGUGGUGACAGUGCCUGGCCUCCACGAGAGUGUGGUGACAGUGCCUGGCCUCCAUGAGAGUGUGGUGACAGUGCCUGGCCUCCACGAGAGUGUGGUGACAGUGCCUGGCCUCCACGAGAGUGUGGUGACAGUGCCUGGCCUCCACGAGAGUGUGGUGACAGUGCCUGGCCUCCAUGAGAGUGUGGGGACAGUGCCUGGCCUCCAUGACAGUGCCUGGUCUCACACCCGUCACGGUACGUGGGGCAGUGACCACUAA